ACGCGCCUUCCAGAAAUCCCAACCCCUAAACCCCGAAAACCCUAGUAGAGGAGGACUCCACGUCUCCACCCGCCGCCGCUCCUCUCCUCUUCCCUCGCCAUGGCCCUCUUCGCCGCCGCCCGCCGCGCCGCUGCCUCCACCGCGCCCCUCCUCCUCCGCGCCACCGCAUCGGCCUCCUCGGGCGCCCACCGCGGCGCGGCCCUGCUCCGCCCCCUCGCCGCCGCCGCCGCGGCCCGCCCGACGCAGCCCCGCGCGAUGCCGUUCUCGUCGGCGCCCGCGACGAGGCCCAGCUCCGACGCCGAGCUCCUCAGCGUCAUCGACUCCGAGAUCAAGUACGCCGAGGACUGCGACGACCACGACAGGGUUGAGGAAAUUCCAGAUAACUUCCCUUUCAAAAUCACUGAUGCGAAGGGGACGAAUGCAGUUACCCUUAAAAGAACAUAUCAUGGUGAGCAGAUUGAGAUUGUGGCUCAUAUGCCCAGCCUAGUCACUGGAGAUGAGCCUGAUCAUGACCGGGAUGACGAGGACAAGGGUGAGGAUGAAAAUGACAGCAACGACGAUGAAGGCGAGAAGCCCCCCCAGUCGAGUGUCCCUCUCACGGUCACUAUCACCAAGGGUGAUGGCCCCGUGCUUGAAUUCACCUGCACUGCCUAUCCUGAUGAGGUCCUCAUCGACUCCUUGUCCGUGAUGCAGCCGUCAGGGAAUGAUGAAACUGACUUAAUUGCAUAUGAGGGUCCUGAUUUCAAUGACCUUGAUGAGAACCUGCAGAGGGCAUUCCACAAGUACCUGGAGCUGCGUGGCAUCUCACCCCUGACAACAAACUUCUUGCACGAGUACAUGAUUAACAAGGACAGCCGCGAGUACCUCUUCUGGCUGAGGAAGCUGAAGGGUUACUUCAAGCAAUAGAGAUCAACGCCACUUCUCUCCUCCCAGGCAUAAGAUAGUUAAUGUUCUUUGCACAUUCAGAUUUUGGAGCGACGAAGUGCUCGUCUUGAGGCAGCAUAUGCACUUUACCUGAGCGGUGAAGUUCGUUUUCAUGACUGUUUUUGGUGGUGUGAUAACGGCCCGUUGAUCUGGAGGAUGGAACCAAUGAUAUUUUGGAAAUGUUUAGUAGUAUUCUUAGUUCCGUUGCUCUGCUCUUUA